AUGGCACCACGUUCUACUGCUCAGAAACGUCUAUUGAAAGAAUAUCAACAGCUUUCUAAGGAUCCACCUCCUGGCAUUGUUGCGGGACCACUUUCCGAGGACGAUUUAUUCGUUUGGGAAUGCUUGCUAGAGGGGCCAAGUGAUACACCUUAUGAAAAUGGAGUAUUCCCAGCCUGUUUAAAAUUUCCCAAAGAUUAUCCGUUGAGCCCACCGGUAUUAAAGUUUGAUCCUCCUUUGCUACACCCUAACAUAUAUGCCGAUGGAACGGUUUGUAUAUCUAUUUUACAUGCUCCUGGAGAGGACCCUAAUCACUAUGAGAGACCUGAGGAACGCUGGUCUCCAGUUCAAAGUAUAGAGAAAAUUUUAUUGAGUGUAAUGUCAAUGCUAGCUGAGCCCAAUUCUGAAAGUGGUGCCAAUAUAGAUGCCUGUAAACUUUGGAGGGAGAAUAGAGAGGAGUACAACCGGCAGAUAAGGAAUCACGUUAAAAAGUCGCUUGGACUAUAG